UCCAUCUCUGGCUGAUCUGAUUCCCGAGGCUGAUGAAGCUACUGUACGACCUUGCCUUGUACCUACAUACAUUAUACUUAUACAUACACAUACAUAGCUCAUCCAUUCCCACUUUUGACGGACCCUUGCCCUCGCUAUCGCAUAUCGACCGCAUCCACGCAGAGUCCAACGACCCGAGUUCCAUCGGCUCGUCCCUGCAACCACUCACCACUUCUACUUGGUCCUCCCCCUCUUGCUCUUGUCAUCUUUGCGGCUCUCUCUUUUUUUGCGACUUCACCUCUUUGCGAAUUGCUCAAUUUUAGGUGCGCGCUUCUGGCGCAUUUCCCACAAACCCCGGCGUUUUGGUCGCAUCAUCCGCCUGCUUCCAUAUUCCAUCUCAAGACAAGAAAGUUGGCAGCAAAAGACGGCCGCCCGCGCGCACUUGCGACUGAGACCUUCCGCUCACUUGAUUAAUUGAUUGAUUGACCCUUUCCACUCCGGCACUCGCUCUUUUCCGCAAAGUUCACCUUGACGACGCCAAACACCAGCAACAAUUGAACAGCAACAGCAACAACCAACACCUAAUUUCCCCCAACCAUCCGACACUGCAGCAGUCUCGAGCUCAGUCCCCUCUUUCUUCCCUUGCAGACGCAACGACAAUACAGCUUGAACGCGAUAACGAGCCACGCCGACCACGCCGACUACCACUUAACGCCGAUCACGACGGACCACGACCACGACCGCAUCGUGUUUCACCAUAACAAUUGGCACAGUACUACACCCAUCUUCUACAGUCCAGUCGGUACUUCUGCUUCUGCCCAUCAAUCCUUUUGCUUUUUUCUUGACUUGUACACGUACAUAGUACGUCCUUGGUUCCUUUAAUUCCGCCGAUUCGGCCUCUCUGCCUGCCGCACCCCAGCCAUCCCCAUUUGGUCCGCCAUUUCAUCUCUUUUGUUUUGUAUCGCAUCGCAUCGCAUCGCAUCCACAACACCUUGACGGCCAGGUCGUCGCGUCGCGUAACAUCAACAAAGACCGACCGACCGACCGACCGACCGACCGACCGACUAUCCGACCGCCUUUGCGACAAAGAGACGGCUUGCGCCGACUAUCAACCGCCUGGGAUCUUCCUCUCCUGUCGCCCUUCCCUUGGUACCUUUUCACCACUCAUUUGGCGACACUCGACUUCUCAACACCACAUUCGCCGCGCCAUCGAGUCCUCGUCGCCGACCUCGCUCGCGCCUGUUUCAACUUAUUACUACCCUUUUAUUCAUCCCUUGCUCUUCCCGUCCCAACCCAAUACCGCAUGACGCUUGUAUAAGACAUAAUGGACCAACAACAUUCCUCCGGGCGUGUAACAAUGCCACGCGACUUUCGCUAUGCCGUCGCGCUCGAACUUCCCGACGCCAGCGAAGGACCAAGGACGCCUAUAAACCUAAUUCCAGAACAUGACGGCUUUCCCCAAAUUCCUUCGCCUCCCAGACCCCGUCUCAAAGUCAAGAGACGCACCACUUCGAACCAGCUCGCUGCGUCACAGCAAUUCCUGGCUUCCGUAGCAGCAGCAGACCUCGCCAUCCCCAGUAUCGAAGAGCCAGAGUCAGACCCAGAGGACUUUACCAUGCGUCCCUUCUCUCCAGAACCCUAUCAAGACUCCCUGUCCUUGCAAAUCCCCCGGGCCAGGGCGUAUUCAGACGCAGGACCAAAGACACCAGUACCAACCACCAUGGCGCUACCAACAUUAACACCCCGUCGAUACCCGGACUGGACCCUUGGUUCAACCAGUAGCUUCGAGUCAACACCUGAAGAGGAUGACGACGACAUAAGCAGGCCAUCAACGUCCCAGUCCACCCAGACCAGCGACUCCUUUCCGAGCCAAUGGUCUCAACUCUCCGGAGACGAAGAAACCGACGAAUGUGACCUUGAAAUCGCCUCCCUCGACGGGAAGGAGGACACUCUACAUGAUUUCGGCACAGCAGGUCUUCUUGACUUUGACGAACCAACCGAGACCCUGCAACAAUUAUCCACCACCACCACCACCUCCUCCAAGGAAGCCAACCUCCAAUCGAAAUUACCGAGAAAGAAAGCCCCCUGGACCAAGCCGAUGAACGAUCACCUCUGGUCUUACUACUCCCUCUACCUGCAAGACCCCAAAGUCACGCCGUUUCGCAUGGGCAAGAACUGCAUUCCACCGGAAGGAGUGUGCGCACGAGUUGCCCGCGAAGCCAUUCGCACCUGGCGGGGGUCGAAAGCGCAAAGGAGCACUGCCGGUGGGAGCGCCGAGGGGGCAGGGACGUUCAUGUGCUGGCCGCACACGCAAGCAGCCACGAGGGCGCAGCUAAGGGAGUUAUGCCGUCAAAAGGCAGCAGCGGCAGCUAAGAACCACCGCUUCCUCUCUCGAAGCGUAACUCCGAUGCAAUCUGUCCAGACGCCCAGGGCGGAGCGGCCGUUUGCGACAGGGGACAUGUCCAUGUCUCUUACGUUGUCCACAUCUGAGCACAUGCAGCCACAAGGGCCAUUGGCACAGUUGACGAGAUCAAGUCUAAGCAUCUUUGAAGCUCUACAACCCAUUCCCAUCCCACAACGGCAGCCACAUGACGCAGAUCAGGAGCCACUACGGGGCCGUCUUGGCUCUCCAUUAUUCGGCCCCUUCCCCAGAUCUGCUGGACAAGCAGACUUUGACGACCCUGAGCCAGCCCAACCGCAAAGCUAUGGUCCUUCCUCGUCAGCCUCCCUUGCCGCCGCAAUCGGCGCAAUCACCACUCGCAAAAGGGGGCAGACGAUCUCCCAUUCCCUCCCGGGUCAACAUAGCCGGCCGACAACAGGCAGACUCCAAAGCCCCGUAAGACUCAACCGAUCCAGUGCGCCUGGUAAGCGGAGGAACACGCAUUCGCAGGGUGGAGACCACAGAAAAAAGACUGCUCCUGCUCCUGCUCCUGAUUCUGUAACAGCAGUAGCAGCAGCAGUAGACUCCAGGCCAAAGGUAGAAGAGGGAACCACCACCUCCAGCACUACCAGAGGCCGAAGCUCAACCGAAUUCAGUUCAACCCUAGGCCACCGAUUUGACGAGUUGUUUAUCCCAAGGUCUACUUCCACCGGUGCCGAUCUUGCUGCUGCUCCAAUCCCAUCUGAGGCACCGGCACAGGGUCCAUGUCUUCCCAGCUCCAUUAGCAUGCCAGCAAUCCUCGGCUUUACUCCUUUCCAUGUCGCCCAACCUUCACAAGAAGAGUCCAAUGCCCAACCACCUGCCAGGCUGGGAUCGCCGUUGAGUUUUACCUCUACUUUCUCCGCUACGCGCCACGGCCACAUUCGAAGACCGGGACACGGACAGAGUGUAGAUCUGGGGAUGCUUGGUCGUGGACCAGCUGCGUUGAUGCAGCAGGCUAUGAAUCAAGGGCAGAUGCGUGGCGGGAGGCGGAGCCAGGAGUCGAUCAGUGAACUCCAGAGACCCCGACCAGAGGCUAGCAGGACCAACAGCACUGGAAGUGGAAGCGCAAGUGGAAGCGGCAGCGGAAGCGAAACAACAAGAGGUGGGAGGAUGGCGGAUUUGAGGCAGCGGUUAAGGGAGUUGAGUAGACGGAGGGGUGGGGAAGGGGGGAGGAGGAGGUCUGGAAGUCCGUUUUGAGUCACACCGUUCAUUUCUUUUGCUUCUGGGAUGGGGUGUUCUUGCGUAUGAUUAUGCUUUACGGAGGAACGGCGUUAUAAGAGUGUUUCUCCUUACCUACUACUACUACAUGGCCGGCGGAGAAAGUCGGGGUUCAUGGCGUUUAUGAAAGCAUAUGUCUGGUGGCAUCCACAUGCCUCGGCGUUUGUAUUGAAGGAGUAUGGACGAAUUUCCUUGGAGAGCUGCUACCAGUGACUUCUCACGGUCAGUAGGUAGGCAACGUGGUGGCACUGGCGCCAGUUACUUAUUGUGCCGCGAGGCAUUUCUUUCUUUGCAUACUUGGUAUCUUUUCUUCUUUUUCUUUUGGACUUUUGUUGUCUUUGGAACGGACCUCUUUACUUCGCUCUACUCUCUGUACACUCAACCGUACCAUGGUUAAACAGUACAUGGCGACUGAUUGGUAUUUUCCUCUCCUCUUUUUUUCCUCACGGGUUUUGGUCAUGUACUUGCCACAUGGAACGGCGUCAAUAGCGAAGCUCACCUCACAGCAUAUCUAAUUUCUUUCUUCCAGCCUACUUAGAUUCUCAUAUCACGCAGAUAUUUUAUUUACUCAGACACAUUUGAGCUUGCAAUACUCGUCUCUAGCGCACAUUGUUCGAUCAUUAAAGGCUUAUACUCGCAUAUAGCUCAACAUUGCAGCUUGGUGACUUGGC